UGGAGGUCGAUAUACUUCCGGAUUCAAAGUUGCGCAUGCGUAUCAGCAUACACACAUCCGACUGUGUAUACAAAUUGUCGUCACAUCCGGAACCUCGUUUUCAUAUAUAUGGGGAACUGGUUGAUGUCGCAACACAACUGAAGCAGAGUUGUAGCGCAAACAGAAUCCACAUUAGUGAGCAGGUCGGCACCAUGCUCCGAAAGGAGCAUUUGUACAACGUUCAACGAAGAGGCUUUAUCAUACUUCCAAGUGGCAGGUACUUGGCCACCCAGUGGCUGCUUGGCCGGCGAGUGUCCGUGUGUUACCCAAACAAUGAUGUUAUGAAGAAAAUUAGCUUCAUGCCUAUCCAACUCGCCGAGACACCGAUCUACAGAUUCGACAAAGAGAAAGUCAAAUACGUUUCUCCAUACUGGAUGUCUCCUCAGUACCACGAGACAACUUCAAUGAGUCCGGCUUUAAGUGAAUCAUCCUAUUCAGAAUCUGAAUGUAGCUUCAACGGCAGCUCCGGCUGUAACGAGUAGAAACAAAUCCCACUUCUACUAGGACCAGUACUAUAAACAAACAACGCCAAAUUCUACUGUAACAGGACUGAUAUAGACAAUGAGUGAACAGGUACAAUCUCCAGGUGUCACUUUUUGCAAUCUUGUAUGUGUGUUCAUGUUUACAGUUUCAGUAUUUGUAAGAUAUUGUUCCUGAUUUAAACACAGACUCUUUGCAGUUUUUGUUCCUUUUUAUCUAUUUCAAUAUUUGUAUGAAUUUAUUCAUGUGUUGCGACCUCAUUCUUUGUAUGCAUUAUUUCCUGAUCAAUCUUGAGCAUCCUCUCCCUACACAAUAUGUCGUUGAUCAGAACGCUUUAUACUACCAUACUAAACUGAAUAACGCAUUCCUUCUCUGAUUACUCU